AUGUCCGCCAUGGUUUCAGCCCUUGCUCGAGUUAUUGGGAGCAAUGAUCAUAUUGACAUCAAUGCCGAUCAUCAUCAACUCCGAGCUCACCCUCCGCCACUUCACGGAAACCCUUCCUUUAUCACAACCGCAGACCACGGCCAAUCUCAUCAUACUCUCCAAGAUAAUGAUCAAGGGACCAACACUGUGAGGAGAAGACACUACAGAGGGGUGAGACAACGGCCUUGGGGCAAAUGGGCGGCAGAGAUUCGCGAUCCCAAGAAGGCGGCGAGGGUAUGGCUCGGGACUUUUGACACAGCAGAGGCAGCCGCGCUCGCUUAUGACGAGGCUGCUCUCCGCUUCAAAGGAAGCAAAGCUAAGCUUAACUUCCCCGAAAGAGUUCAAUCAGGAGGAACAUCUAGUAAUAAUAGUACUACUACUACUACUUCUUCUACUCAUGAUCACCAAUUAGGUACUUAUAAUAACCUUAUUAAUGCCGCUACUACUAAUCAAAAUUAUCGUCCUUACUCGCAUACCAUGACGACGAGUACUACUACUCCAUAUGAUAAUGAUAAUGUUAUACUUUCUCAGCCUACCUUACAAUAUGGCCAGUUUGCUGAUUUUAAUAGUAACGUGAUUAGUAGUAGUUAUGAUCAUAAUAAUUAUACACCACAGAGUAGUAGUUUCUAUGGAUCAGCAGGAGUUGUUCCUCAUCAAUAUACAUCUCAACAACAACAAGAACUUCUACAACAACAACAAGAGCAAGAACAACAACAUAAUGAGCUUCUGAGAUUGACUAUGCAGUUCGGAUCUUCUAACUCGUCCACAAUGUCAGAUCCUUUCAAUAGGAGAGACUAUGAUCAUCAUGAUUCAUCUACUGAUCGCUGGAAAGGAUAACCUAUACAUAUAUACAUACGGAUAUAUGUAUGUACGUAUAUGUAUUCUACUCAAUAAGAAGGGUCCUGAGAUAACAUCAAAUCUUUUUUGUUGUAUCAUCAUUUUGGGUUGUGUUUUUUUUUAUUAAUUAUUUUGAAUUUUGUCAUUCCAUUAUAUAUAUGGAUAUAUGGAAGCCUUGUUUUUUCUUUUUAUGUA